UUCACAGAGAACCCGGCUCGUCCACAGGACGUUCCGCCAGCUGUGAGACACGGUUCGGAUGAUGUCAUUCACUUUCUUUUGAGCAGUUUUCACGAGACCGGAGGACACCGUUUUUUGUGUUGCGGUGAGAGAUACGAUUGGGAAGGGGAGGAUAUCUCAUCGAACGGACAGAGACAGAGGACGGUAGUUGACUACCUACGGCAAAACGACACGACUCUAACGGUUUGUCUGUGUGAUGAGGGCCACAUCAUCCACCACUGAUACCGUCUACGCUGUUGCUAGCUUUUCACCACACAGCUGACAAGCCAAAAGUGAACCGUAAAACAAUAGGUGAAUCUAUAGCCAGCUAGCUUUUAUAUACUAUUUGAGAGAAAAGUGAAAUUAGGUGGCUCUCGACCUGGCUGACAUUUCCGGAUUCGAACACUCGCAUAUUCAUCCUCCCAGCGGUGUUGUUUUAGCGUCUCAAUAUACACGCAAUUGAUCGCUAUUUAUGUGACAACGGAGGCAAGCUAAGUGAAACUAACGCUAACCUUCAUUUGAUUUCCAGAGGACCUAUUUGUCUUGCUUUGGGAAUAGAAAUGGGCCGUGUUCAACAGUUCUGUAACUGUCUAGCUCGAGCUAGCUACUGUAGCAAGCUAUCUCCGGUCGGGAUCUAGUACCGUUAUGUGCGUGCCUGUGUUCUUUACAGUCAAAAAGCGAAACAUUCGUCGUUCACGUUUCGCUGCCUUGAUAUUUGAUACAGUAAUUUUUUCAACAUCUACAAUCGAGAUACCCUUGGCCUUGGAACGGGUAGAAUUCUUGGACCGAUUUUUUUGUUUUGGCUGAGGCAUGAGAGACAUUCGAUCCAUCCUUCUAUCCCGGUGCUCCAUCCUAUACGGCGCAGUGUGAGUAGCCCAUCCGGGAAGCGCACAUCAGCAGAAUCGCAUCCUAUAUGCACCUUUGGGGUGUCGGGGGCCUGAAGGUGCUACUAUAACGUCGGAGCGGGAGGACGUUGCCUUCCCAUCUCAGGAUUAAACCAUGGCCAAUGAACCUGUUAUCCUUAAUGUGUAUGAUAUGUACUGGAUCAACGAGUACACUUCCACUCUGGGUGUUGGAGUCUACCACUCAGGCAUUGAGAUCUAUGGCCGAGAGUUUGCAUAUGGGGGCCACCCGUAUCCCUUCAGUGGCAUAUUUGAAAUCAAUCCCGGAAACGCCACUGAAUUAGGAGAGACCUUCAAGUUCAAGGAGGCCAUCGCUUUGGGCACAACAGACUUUGCUGUGGAGGACAUGGAUAAAAUCAUGGAGGAGCUGGGGAGGGAUUUCAAGGGCAACUCUUACCAUCUAAUGCACAAGAACUGCAACCACUUCUCAUCCUCGCUGUCUGAGCUGUUGUGUGGGCGUGAGAUCCCUCGUUGGGUGAACCGCCUGGCCUACUUCAGCUCCUGCGUGCCCUUCCUCCAGACCUGCCUCCCUAAGGAGUGGCUGACCCCCGCUGCCCUCCAGAGCCACAUCAGCAUGGGGCUCCACAAGGAGGAGCGGGAGGCUGGAGAGUCCAGCGACGAGGACCCCAACUCAGCCUCUGGGACCGCUGGGGCGGGCACCGGAUCCUCACACAGCUGUCGCCAUACACGGGUCUGAGCCAAUGACUGUAUAGGUCUGAAGAGAACAGCCAAUAAGGACUCUCUCAAUUACCUUUGACCUUCGAACCCUGGACCAGAAGGUCACCAAGUCCCCUCUGCAGGGGAUGUAGUGAUGUAAUAUCUGUGGGCCUGACUGAAUAACCACCUGACCUCAUAGUACCACCCCUGAGAACAGAGACGAGGACGACGGAUGAUUAGCUAGCCUGGUAGUACGGGGCCGGGGGUCCUGCAAAACCUACAGAUCCUUAGAUCCUUUCCCUGGUUUUCUCCCUUUUAGAUAUGGUAGAUAUAUAUCCGGAGGGAGAUUUGUUAUAGGUUUGUUGACAAACUAACUCAGAGCAUGGCAUGGCUCUUUUAGAUUGACCACAGCUACAUGAUGUACUGUAGGUCUGGGCUACUUUCUGCUCAUUUCUCUUUUUCCAUGAACUUUUAAACCUUUGUCAGCCUUCAUCCCAGAUCCACCCUGAUUCUCUUCUUGCAGAGCUCCUUCUAUUGUAGAGUAAACGGAUAUCAGACACCACAAAGAUACAUCUAAAUGUACGUCCCAAAUGGCUCCCUAUUCCUUAUUUAUAGUGAAUUAUUUUAGACCAGAGCCCUAUAGAACCCUAUUCCCUAUAUAGUGCACUACUUUAGACCAGAGCCCUAUGGAACCCUAUUCCCUAUAUAUAGUGCACUACUUUAGACCAGAGCCCUAUAGAACCCUAUUCCCUAUAUAUAGUGCACUACUUUAGACCAGAGCCCUAUGGAACCCUAUUCCCUAUAUAUAGUGCACUACUUUAGACCAGAGCCCUAUAGAACCCUAUUCCCUAUAUAUAGUGCACUACUUUAGACCAGAGCCCUAUGGAACCCUAUUCCCUAUAUAUAGUGCACUACUUUAGACCAGAGCCCUAUAGAACCCUAUUCCCUAUAUAUAGUGCACUACUUUAGACCAGAGCCCUAUAGAACCCUAUUCCCUAUAUAUAGUGCACUACUUUAGACCAGAGCCCUAUGGAACCCUAUUCCCUAUAUAUAGUGCACUACUUUAGACCAGAGUCCUAUAGAACCCUAUUCCCUAUAUAGUGCACUACUUUAGACCAGAGCCCUAUAGAACCCUAUUCCCUAUAUAUAGUGCACUACUUUAGACCAGAGCCCUAUAGAACCCUAUUCCCUAUAUAUAGUGCACUACUUUAGACCAGAGCCCUAUAGAACCCUAUUCCCUAUAUAUAGUGCACAAUGUUUUGUUGUUGUUGCAAGGGCCCUUAUGGCUCUGGUCAAAAUAAGUGCCCUAUCCAGGGCAUAGUGUUCCAUUUGGGACGACGCCUGAGACUACUGGUAUUGUGACGUUAGCAGGAUGUUACUUGCUGCUCACUUCAAGAGGUACUUAACCUCCCUACUUGGGCCUUCAGUCUUAACUUCAAAGAUGUUUUGCUUUGUUUAUGGUUGUGUGGGUGUGUGUGUGUGUGUGUGUGUGGGG